ACUUGAGAAUAGAGAUGGUAACUAUCCGACGUGCGCUAGGGCUCACUGUGAAAACACUGACCAAAUGAAACUCGCCGGUCUCAAAUCCGUUGAAAACGCUCACGAAGAGUCCGUAUGGGCGGUCACUUGGGUUCCGGCCACCGACAAUCGUCCUUCUCUCCUCCUCACCGGCUCCCUUGACGAGACUGUCAAGCUAUGGAAGUCCGAUGAGCUCGACUUGGAACGCACCAACACUGGCCACUGCCUCGGCGUCGUCUCUGUUGCUGCUCAUCCUUCCGGUUUCAUUGCUGCCUCUGCUUCCCUCGAUAGUUUUGUUCGUGUAUUUGAAGUCGAUUCCAACUCCACUAUCGCCACUCUUGAGGCUCCUCCUUCUGAAGUCUGGCAAAUGCGCUUCAAUCCCGAGGGUACCAUGUUAGCAGUUGCUGGUGGAGGUAGCGCAUCAAUUAAGCUUUGGGACACAAACACAUGGAAACUGGCUGCAACUCUAUCAAUUCCUCGUCCAGAAGGCCCUAAGCCCACCGAUAAAACUGCUAGCAAGAAGUUUGUACUUUCAGUAGCAUGGAGCAUUGACGGGAGAAGACUCGCUUGUGGUUCAAUGGACGGGACCAUUUCAAUCUUUGAUGUAGCUCGUGCGAAGUUUCUACACCACUUGGAAGGCCACUUCAUGCCAGUGAGAUCCCUCGUGUAUUCACCUGUGGAGCCACGCCUACUCUUUUCUGCCUCUGAUGAUGCUCAUGUCCACAUGUAUGACGCAGAGGGUAAAACUCUAAUUGGAGCGAUGUCAGGCCAUUCAAGUUGGGUAUUGAGCGUUGAUGCAAGCCCUGAUGGCGCUGCUGUUGCUACCGGUUCAAGCGACAGAACCGUUAGGCUUUGGGAUCUCAACAUGAGGACUGCUGUUCAGACAAUGACUAACCAUAGUGAUCAGGUCUGGGGGGUUGCAUUUCGACCACCUGGUGGGGUUGGUGUGCGAUCUGGUCGACUUGCUAGUGUGUCUGAUGACAAGAGUAUCUCCUUGUAUGACUAUUCUUGAAUCAGACCGGACGGCAAGAGCUAUUUGUGGUUUUUUAGAAAGAUCUUGAGCUGUUGCCAAGACUAUUCGUUUUACUUCUUCAUAAAGCUACUUGUCCUUUUAGUUGUUAUAACAAGGAACGAUUCAAUGACAGUAUUGUGUUGUGAACUUAUAACCAAUGUUCGUUUGCUAUGUAGAUUUGGAAUCAA